AUGUCACUCAGCAACACCGAGUUUCUCACUCAGCUCGCGAAGCUCUUCACUCCUGACCCUGAACGCUCGCACACAUGUUUUCUAACGCAAAAAAGGUUUACCUACCAGGCUGAUGGCGACGCAACCAUGACAACACCCGGAAAUGAGCCGACCUUCAAGUGUCUAUUCCGGGCAACCGAUGGCCACGGAAUAAAGUUUUCAACUCUUGUUGGACCCGAACAAACUCUCGAAUUUCAGAAAGCUUACUGCAGCGUUAUGCGAGCAGUAAUGAUUGCAAAACUCAAGCCAAAGAAGAAAAAAGUGGGGAAAUCGGCACCUGUUACCGUCGUCAGUUUGCCCAAGAUCGUGGGACCUAAGAGAGGCCCUGGCGUUGAACGGCGGCGUAGAUUGAUUGCAAAGCGUUCCAAAAUCUUGCUGAAGACAAGACGACGGAAAUUACUGAAGGUUGCUGCGACUACGACCUGA